AUGGUGAGCGCAGGCCAGAGGGCUCCUUUGGCAGGUAAGUGGCAGCUGUUCUGGUCCAUGUGCUCCUCACUGCUGAUUCUGUGGGACCUGAUCACCAUCCCGCUGGAGAUGUUUCACAUCCCGGACUUCAUAAACUUCCUGGACACCGUGGGAAUCAUCUCCUUCACCUUCUGGCUCCUGGACAUUCCCUUACACUUCCUCUUCGGCGUGCAGCUGGAAGGAAUGGUGGAACUGCGACCACGGGUGCUGGCUCGGAUGUACAUGCGCACUUGGCUUGCUGCCGAUGUGGCGAUUGUGUCCUUGGAUGCCGUCCUGAUUAUUAUGGAGGCGAUCCACAUCGCUGAUGUUGGGGGCGCCGUGUUCCGCUCCGCCAGAUAUCUGCGGACGUUGCGACUGCUGCGGCUCAUCCGACUGCUGCGCGUUGCGAAGCUGCAGCGUGAGCUCACCCUGUUGGCCAACCGCUUUUUGUCCACACACGCCUUCAUGAUCAUCAAGGUGGUCUCGUACCUGAUGAUGAUGCUGGCCAUCAACCACAUCAUCGCCUGCUGCUGGUAUGGUCUUGGCUCCUGGAAAGCGGAAGAGCUCGGCCCGACGUUCAGUUGGAUCGGCAAUCCGGAACUGAACCAGGAUGACUUCGCAGAGAUGUACUUCGCUUCCCUUCACUGGGCGCUGACGCAGUUCACGCCGGCCACGAACAACAUCGCGCCCAUCAACGUCUUUGAAAGGUUCUUCGCCGUGAUUGUCAUCCUUCUGGCCAUGGGUGUGUUCUCCUCGUUUGUUGGAUCCAUCAGCAACACGGUGAACAACAUCCGCGCGGCGCGUGUGGACCAGCAGCAGAAGACGAACAAGAUGCUCCAGUUCUUUAUCGAAAGGAAUCUCUCGGUGGAUCUGUAUGGCAAGAUCCACGAGGUUCUGCGGACGGAGGGCGAGACGGAGGUGCGACUGAGAGAGAAGGAGGUCAGCUUGUUGCAGCGUAUCCCGUUUUCACCAGGGACCACGUUCGGUCCAGCCCCUUACGGUGCCAUGGACGACCGCAGAGUUCCAGGCCCGGGAGUCCGACCAUCGCAAGGGGAGCUCGCGCACGCUGUCACCCAGAUGCAGCAGAUGAGGGAAGUCACCAGCACGGACGUCUACGCCGCAGGCCAACACAUGUGGUUUCAGGAGAGCCGAAAGAGGCACGCACCGGCUACGCCCUCGAUCUCCUCCCUCGCCCACUCCGCCACACAGUCAAGGCAAGGAGACGACCAAGAAGACGAGGAGAUGUUGGUGGACACAGCAGCCGCAGCAGACGCGGCCGCAGCGGAGAAGCCCCCCGCAGCUACUCCGCUCCUCCAGCCGGUCCCCCUCGACCAGGAUGCGGCCUACGCAUGUGCAGCGGCGCAGGAAGGGGUCGACAUCAAUGAUCCCAGGGCCAUCAAGCAGUGGAUGCAGCAGCCCAUCGCUACCAGGGCCGAUGUACUCCGCACCAUUCGCGGAUAUCAUGUUGGUGUCAUUCGCACCGAGCUCUACAACGUCGUCGGGCAGAUCGAGCAGGCACUUACCACCCUGAACGACAGUGUACUCCGCGUGCAGCAAAACAUGCAGUGGAUGCAGGCAGACAACAGGCAGUCGCAGAAGCAAGCCUCCGGACUUCAGGUGAUCCUGUCAGGGUGGGAGCGGACCAUGGACCCGGAGACAAGGCUGUUCAUGGUCGACUGGAUGCUCCGCCAAGUUGAGGGCAACCGCGUUUUCCUGCGACAGCGUGGCCGUGACGUGAACCGAGACGACGAUGAGGCCUGCUACAAGUUUCUCGAGGUCCUCCAGCAAGACCCAGCUACUCCGCCAGCAGGACAGGGAGCAUGGUCCACCAUCACCAUCCUGCAGUUUCGAAGCUGGGAUUUGCGGCGUCAAUUCGUGUCGGCCUUCUCAGGCCCCACUGGUACUCCGCUCUACAAGGACAGCAGAACGGCGGUCCCAGGCCACCACAUCAGGGUCUCCCCGUCUACUCCGCAGUUCCAGCGGAAGCUCGAGAUACCGGUGCGCGUCCUGCUCCACCUCAUCAACAACACCAACGUCUUCCCGGAGAAGCAGGUCGUGAUACUGUGGCGUACCCUCACGAUUAUGAGUCCGCAGAUGCACCGACAAUUCGACGCCGAGGCCACCGCUUGCGCGAGAGUGCACUAUUUUGAGGCUGACGGCAAGUUCCAGGCCCUGCUCGAGGUCGACGAAAAGCUGGCUGCGGCCAUGCAAGCUACUCCGCCACAGGGCGUAGAGGAGCCCAACUGCUGGUCCCACUCGUGGAACGAGAUUGUGUUUGGGGUCCAGCACGAAAUGGACCUCGCAGAUAAGGCCUUGUUUUCCAGUUUACUCCGCGAUGCCAAAGGCAGCGGAAAAGGUGUGAUGAUGUGCAGAGGCAGCCGCCAUUACUCCGCCCCGCUCAUCUACAGUUCGGACAUGUUGCCGUACCCGAUCCCAAUUCAGGUACGGCAGGUCCCGCAAAUCGCGUUCGUAUGGGACGAGUAUUGUGACAAGCUCUCCCAACCUGACCAGAAGGUCAAUGACUACAAAAUUGCAACGUACAAGGGCAGCCCCCAGGCCACAGCUACUCCGCCUGAGGCAGCCAGUAUGCCACCUCCGGCAGCAGUUCCGGAUAGGCCUUUUGCCAAGUCGUCAGCGGCUCCGAAGUCACACGCCGCUUCGUGA